CUUUAUGAUAAUGAGGAUCAUGACACCCAGGCUAAGGAGAAGAGGCAGGACACGGAGGAGCAUGACACGCAGGCUAAGAAGAGGCAGAACACGGAGGACCAUGACACGCAGGCUAAGAAGAGGCAGAACACGGAGGACCAUGACACCCAGGCUAAGGAGAAGAGGCAGGACACGGAGGACCAGGACACGCAGGCUAAGAAGAGGCAGAACACGGAGGACCAUGACACGCAGGCUAAGAAGAGGCAGAACACGGAGGACCAUGACACCCAGGCUAAGGAGAAGAGGCAGAACACGGAGGAGCAUGACACGCAGGCUAAGAAGAGGCAGAACACGGAGGACCAUGACACCCAGGCUAAGGAGAAGAGGCAGGAGACGGAGGACCAGGACACGCAGGCUAAGAAGAGGCAGAACACGGAGGACCAUGACACCCAGGCUAAGGAGAAGAGGCAGAACACGGAGGAGCAUGACACGCAGGCUAAGAAGAGGCAGAACACGGAGGACCAUGACACCCAGGCUAAGGAGAAGAGGCAGGACACGGAGGACCAGGACACGCAGGCUAAGAAGAGGCAGAACACGGAGGACCAUGACACGCAGGCUAAGAAGAGGCAGAACACGGAGGACCAUGACACCCAGGCUAAGGAGAAGAGGCAGGACACGGAGGACCAGGACACGCAGGCUAAGAAGAGGCAGAACACGGAGGACCAUGACACGCAGGCUCUGUGAAUUACCAGCAGCCACAGACUAUGUUCAUUCCACCAUGACCUCAACAGAAGCUCAACAGAAAACAGUUCCGCCUCGACAUGUUCCCUCACUGAGCGGGCCGCCCUCAUGCGUCCUAUCUGACUUCAUUUUUAUGUAAUGUAUCAUGGAGAUCAGCACAGAGAUGAAAUAAAUGAAUAAAAAGCCUGCUCACAUGUAGCUCACAAAGAGAAAAUAGGAGAAGUGAACUGCGUACAGAAAUAGUCUGGGUUAAGGACAUUAGGCAAAUUGUUCCGGAUUAAGACUGUUAAAUGAAGAAAAUAGUCUGGAUUAAGGAUAGAGGAUUAAGAAAAUAGUCCGAAUUAAGGAUAGUGGAUUAAGAAAAUAGUCUUAACUAUGGAUACUGGAUUAGAAAAAUAAUCAGAAUGAAGGCUAGUGGAUUAAGAAAAUAGUCUCCAUUAAGGAUACUGAAUUAAGAAAAUAGUCGGUAUUAAGGAUAAUACAUUAAGAAAAUACUCUGACUAAAAAUACUUGGGAUCAACGACAGAGGAUUAAAAACAGUCUUGGUUAAGGAUAAUGGAUUAAGAAAGUAGUCUCGAUUAACCCUUCAACUGCGGACAAAAAAAAAAAAAAAAACACACAUCAUAAUGCAAGGCGAAAAUCUAAAUGUAGAAGUAUAUAAUGAAUGAGGAGACUGUGAUGUGAAACACUACGGCACAUCAAAGUGGUACACAAAAUAUUGGACCAACACGACCAACUCAAAAAGCGCGAUAAAAUUUCACUUGCCGGGCUGAAUGAUGACUCUGGACAGGUGAAAGCUAUCGCUCGCUCUGCCUCAGGCUGUUGCUCUCUUCUCUCCUCUCUCUCCUCCUCUUCUCUCUUUUCCUCUCCUCUCUCCUCUCCUCUCCUUUCCUCUCCUCUCUCCUCUCUCCUCUCUCCUCCUCUCCUCCCUUCUCUUUUCUCUCUUCUCCUCUUGUCUCUCAUCUCCUCUCCUCUCCUUUCUCCUUUCUCCUCUCCUCUCUUCUCCUCUCCUCUCCUCCUCUCCUCUCCUCUUCUCUCCUCUCUCCUUUCUCCUCUCCUCUCCUCUCCUCUCUUCUCCUCCUCUCUUCUCCUCUCCUCUUCUCUCCUCUCUCCUUUCUCCUCUCCUCUCCUCUCCUCCUCUCCUCUCCUCUCUCAGUCUCAGUCAGUGUGUCCGUGUGUGAAGACGUGUUCUCGUGACCUCUCUGACCUCUCUGAAGUGAUCCGAAGCAGUCUGAUUGUUCAACGUAUACAUUCGCUGGAAAGUGAUAAGUGUAUAAGUUUAUCUUUAUUUCUGCAUCACAUAGUAUUGUAUUAACUCUACGUCUCUUUGAAUAAUUUGUGCUAAAUU